UGAUCGACUGCAGUGAAGUAGCAAUAUGGCGAUCAUAAGUUGCAGCGGGCCGAACGUCAUAAUACUACAAUGAGAAAACAAGAAACAUUGUGUGAAGUAAUAACUGUAUAUUAAAGUUAUAAUUCGGCCAAAUGCUUUCUUAGCAAUGACACUGCCAAUAAACCAUUUUAAAUGGCACUACAGAUUUCGUUGAAACAUCUGUAAAACCCGACACGAAACACAAUAAUGAAUUCCUUUAUAGAACUAUACAGAAUAUUCUUAACACUGACAGAAGAACGAAGAAACAAUUUAUAGAUUCUUCGUCGAAUGAAGUUUUCUAAUAUAAGAAAAUACAUUAAUGAAAUCUUUAUGGCCUAAUGCACUAUAUAUUGAAAUAAUAUUCAUCAUAAAUUUUUAAUAUUUUGUUCUGAAAAUCAAAGAAACAAAAAUGAGCCGAAUAGAUAAUGGAAGUGGUUGGCAUGAAUGUGUUAAAUGGUUAACAAGAUGUGGAGCUUUGAGGGCAGAUCAUAAAGCAAAUUGGCCAGAGGCUACUGCUGUUGAUUUAGCAUAUACAUUAAGAGAUGGUGUAUUGCUAUGCAAUCUUCUAAAUACAGUGGAUCCUGGUUGUAUAGACAUGAAAGAUGUAAAUCAAAAACCACAAAUGGCACAAUUUUUAUGCUUAAGAAAUAUAAAAGUAUUUCUAUCAGCAUGUUCAACUACAUUUGGCUUAACUGAUUCUGAACUUUUUGAACCUACUAUGUUGUUUGAUUUAUCAGACUUUCUUCGUGUAUUACGUACUUUAUCAGUUUUAUCAAAUUGUGCUCGUUUGAGACGUAAAGGUAUAUUAGGUUUUUCUAUAGGUCAUGGUAGAUCACAAGAAGAUAUCUAUAAGGACUUACAAAGUGCUGGUGCAGGCCGUGAAGACGAAGGUCGUCGCAGAAGAUUUAGAAGGCGAGAAGGAAAUGAAGCAGGUGGAGGAGGCGACAAUGAAGAUCCAGUUGGGGAGGAAGAUGGAUAUGGAGCAUAUUGCAGCCAUGUACAAAGUGAAGAAAUCUACCAGGACCUUUGUAGUCUACACUUGCCACCUCCUCCAUCUGUUGCACAGGAUGGUGCAAUCUGUGGCGGUGAAAAAAGGGAUUAUGUAAUACAAGAACUUGUUGAAACAGAACGAAAUUAUUCUGAUGUCCUUAACAGUUUACUUAAACAUUUCGCUAGACCCCUUUCCCCGUUACUACGACCCGAAGAUUCUGCACGUAUUUUUUUUGGUAUAAAGGAACUUGCAGAAAUUCAUGCCGGUUUUCAUAGUCAACUUCGGAAAGCAAGGACCGGCGCUACUUUAGCGCAGGUUUUUCUCGAUUGGCGAGAGAAAUUCCUUAUUUAUGGCGAUUAUUGUGCAAAUCUUACCCUCGCUCAAAGCACAUUGCAAGAAGCAUGUGUUCGUUAUGAAUUAGUUAAUCAAGAAGUUAUUAGAUGUCAACAAGAAGCAAAUAAUGGCAAAUUCAAAUUACGAGAUAUUUUAUCUGUCCCAAUGCAAAGAAUAUUAAAAUAUCACUUAUUGCUUGACAAACUAGUAGAAGAAACUCCUUGUGAUUGGCUAGAAGAUAGGCGUCAACUUGGAAAAGCUAGAGAAGUAAUGGUUGACAUAGCACAAUAUAUUAAUGAAAUAAAACGUGACUCAGACACAUUGGACAUUAUAAAAGAUAUUCAAGCAUCAAUAAUUGAUUGGGACGUUCCAGAGGAUGUGCAAUUGAAAGAUUUUGGGCGAUUACUUAGAGAUGGAGAGCUUAAGGUAAAAGCUCAUGGUGAUCAACGAGUAAAAGCUCGUUACGCAUUCGUUUUCGAACAAGUAGUAUUAAUUUGUAAAGCGGGUAGAGGAGAACAAUAUUGCUAUCGUGAGACCUUACGUCUUGAUGAUUAUCGGUUAGAGGAUCAUACAGGAAGACGAACACUCGGCAGAGAUUCUCGGUGGUCCUAUCAAUGGCUAUUGGUCCAUAAACAAGAAUAUACUGCAUAUACUUUGUAUGCAAGAACAGAAGAACAAAAGCAAAUAUGGAUCAAAGCAUUGCAAGAUGCAAUGGAUAAUGUUAAUCCCGCCGCAUGUCGCAAUACAAAUCAUAAAUUUAAACUUACAACAUUCGACACACCACGUAGUUGUCAACGAUGUGGUAAAUUUUUAAAGGGACGAAUUUUUCAGGGAUAUCGAUGUGAAACCUGUCGUUAUGCUGUACAUAAACAAUGCAUUGCACAUUCGGGUCGGUGUAUGCCAGUACCUCCACCACCUCCGCCUCCACCACCUCUACCAUGUGAACGUGCCCUCUCAGUGAAAUUAUGGUUUGUAGGAGAAAUGGGACGUGAUACAGCAUCAAAUAAAUUAGAACCUCGUGAAGAUGGUACUUAUAUGCUGCGAGUACGACCUGCUGGACAACCACGUUUGAAACACGAAACCAAUUAUGCUCUUAGUAUUAAGGCAGACGGAACAGUAAAACAUAUAAGAGUAUUUAAACGCAAUGUUGAUGGUGCUGAUGUAUAUUAUCUUAGUGAAUCUCGUUUUUUUAAAAGCGUAGUUGAACUUGUUGAAUAUUAUGAGCGGGCAUCGUUAUCAGAAAAUUUUGAAAAGUUAGAUCAACGCCUGCUAUGGCCAUAUAGACGUGUCUUGGCUAAAGCAUUAUUUGAUUUUCGCGGAGGAGAACGGAAUCAACUAAGCCUGCGACGAGGUUGCAGAGUUGUGGUAUUAAGCAAGGAAGGUGAUGCCAAAGGUUGGUGGAAAGGAAAAAUUGGAGAUCAAGUAGGGUUUUUUCCAAAAGAAUAUGUUGAAGAAGAAUAACCAUAAAUUAUACUACUUAGAUAUUUUACUUAUAUGGUAGCACGACGAUCAAAAAUAUUUUAUGUAUUAAUCAUAGCAUCGUGCAAUCAUAUUUUAUUAAAUUUAUUCCUCAAUGGAGAACAAAAAGAAGAAGUUUUACAUUAUAUAAAAUAUAGAAAGAUUUAUCUUCACAUUUAUUAGUAUCAUUAUAAAAAUAAAAUUUAUUUUGUUCUCUUUAUUUGAGGUUGUACUCUAUCACAAUCAUAUAAAUAGAAAGUACAUAUUCAUAUACGGAAACCGAACGCAUAAAAACAAAUGUUUAGCUACUUGUAUAGAUCAAAAAAAUUAUUUUCAGUAUAAUAUAACAGUACGAAUAAAGUUUAGAAAAGUCAUAAAGAUUAAAGUUGUCUAAAUAUUCUUAUAUAUUAGAAUCAUACAAAAAAUUUAUCGCCAAAUGUUUAUAAUUCUGGACAGCUUUCGCCUUUAUGACCAUAUUUUGAAGUCAAUUGCCAAGACUCAAUUGUAUAUAUUGUAAUUCUGUACUGUCGAUAAUAAAAAUUUUAGCUAUUUCUUAAAUAUAAAUAUACACAUACAUAAAUAUAUAAAUAAUCAUUAUGUGUAUUAUUGUAACAAAUUAAUUGUAUUAUUUUUUUUAACUAUUACACAUUUUCUGAUUGUGCCAAUAAGAGAAUAACCAAUAAAAUUCAGAUCCUAUUGAGACAUUAAGACAAAAAAAAAAUAAUACGUAUCUAUAUUUAAAAUUCUAUUCUGUGCUUUUUAUUAGCAUAUAUAAUAGCAGCUACUUUUUGUUCUAGUCUUUUGCAGCCAGUAGUUGCAUAGAUAUUAUGUGGAGGAGGUCCAAAAAUCACAUAUGAUAAUCCUUCUUCUAUCAUUUCAUUAGUAGGAUGUACUCCUCUGUUUAUGAAAGCUUUUCUUAAACACUUCUUCACAUGUACUUCUUCAAGUGGUAAAAAAGGUACAUAAUGAUCUAUAACACUAGAGUCUAUUGUAUCACUAUGAUAAAAGCCACCCUUUUCAUUAAAUGCCCCAACACUUAUUAAAUUUUCAAAAUCUUGAA